GUCCAGGUGAUCCUUGCCGUCGUGGCCGCUGUGGCUUUCGCCGCCCCCCAGUACAGCUACAGCGCUCCGCCCGAAGACUCCAGCGAGGAGGUCAUCGAGGUGAUCCCCAUCGUGAGGGACGACCGCGUCCAUGAGGAUGACGGGGCUUACACACUGGACGUGGAAACUGGCAACGGCAUCGUCCUCAGUCAGUCCGGCUCUCCAAAUGGUCCCGAUGACUCUGUUGUCAAGUCUGGACACUACUCCUACAGCGCCCCUGACGGCACUUUCGUCGAAGUCAAGUUCGUCGCCGACGAGAACGGCUUCCAGCCCCAGUCUGACCUGCUGCCUGUGGCCCCCGCCUUCCCCCACCCCAUUCCUGACUUUGUGCUGGAGCAAAUUGCCUUCGCCGAGGCAGAGGACGCAGCCCGCGCCCGCGCUGAGCUUGAAGCCAAGGACUCUGAGGAGGAGCCCGCUGCCCCCUCCACCUCGUAUGGAAGUCCUCAGUAGAAUGUAGUGUGGUGAGACAAAUAACUUAUUGUGUAUGGAUGAAAAUAAAAGAACUGCCAUAUA